CACAGAGGUGUUGCGGCAAAAUAGCUGCUCGAUGCGACUACCUGAACAACUGGAGUCCACGGUUCCAGGUUCGGCAUCUACAAGUUGUCCGACGAGGAUGAACCAAGUCAUUGGAAUUGUACAUUUGAAUUCAUAACAUAGUCGGUGUUUCAGUUUACAUGACAUAGGACUUCCGGUGGCAGAGAUGGAGAGGUUAAAUCAUGGAGCUGCCGGUCGGUCUUUUGACUAUAGUGGCUGUCUGAACACAGGUCAAGGGGGAUCUCAAGACCCGACCUAACUGAUUGGAAUGUUCUGAGGACACAACGUGAUGGCAACUGACGUGUGCAGCCACGUCAAGGUGGUGGUACGAGUAAGGCCUGCCAGUGAGAAUGAGAAGCGAGAAAACUGCCGGAACGUGGUCCAGGUGGUCGAUAACCACAUGCUCAUAUUUGACCCCAAGGAAGAGGACCAGGCAUGCUUUGGUGCACAAAGAGUCCGAAACAGGAAUAUAAACAAGAGGGCUAACAAAGACCUCAAGUUUGUUUUUGACAAUGUUUUUGGCGAGAACUCAACACAAGUAGAUAUUUUUGAGAAUACUACCAAAGGUGUACUGGACGGUGUGAUGAACGGCUUCAACUGCACAGUUUUUGCCUAUGGAGCAACUGGAGCUGGUAAAACACACACCAUGUUAGGCUCACAAAGUGAGCCUGGGGUGAUGUAUCGCACCAUGAACGAGCUGUUCCGCCGCAUGGAUGAUGCCAAGGAGGAGAAGGAGUUCACGGUCGCAUUUUCUUAUCUUGAGGUAUACAAUGAACAGAUCCGCGACUUAUUGGCAAAUGCAGGCCCCCUGGCAGUAAGAGAAGAUAGUUCAAAAGGAGUAGUCGUACAAGGUCUCACUCGACACAAGCCAAAAUCAGCUGAGCACAUACUCGAGGCUUUGGAUUUUGGCAAUCGCAACCGGACCCAGCACCCCACUGAUGCAAACGCCACCUCAUCACGAUCCCAUGCUGUCUUUCAGAUCUAUUUGCAGCAACAGGACAAAACCGCCAGUCUCAAUCCAAAUGUCUGUGUUGCUAAAAUGAGCCUGAUAGAUCUGGCAGGCUCUGAGAGGGCGAGCGCCACCAAUGCCAAGGGGGCAAGGUUGCGUGAAGGGGCGAACAUCAACCGCUCACUCCUGGCCCUUGGAAAUGUUAUCAAUGCGCUUGCUGACCCAAAGAGUAAGAAAAUGCACAUCCCUUACCGAGACAGCAAACUGACACGGCUGCUGAAGGAUUCUCUAGGAGGAAACUGCCGCACAGUUAUGAUCGCCAACGUCAGCCCGUCCUCACUGUCUUACGACGACACACAUAACACACUGAAGUAUGCCAACAGAGCAAAGGAGAUCAAGUCCUCUCUGAAGAGCAAUGUCAUGAGUCUGGACAGUCACAUCGGCCAGUACGCUGUGAUAUGUGAGAAGCAACGGCAAGAGAUUGUGAAGUUAAAGCAGAAACUUAAACACUACGAAGAGAGGGGAAGUGCGCCUGGCACCACCAACACCCUCCCAUCUCAGCAACAAGCAGAGAUAAAAAGGGUGUCAGAGGCUCUGCAGAAAAUCUUCUCGUGCCGAGCCCAAAUCAGGAGAGAGCAUCUGCAUCUGGAGAGACAGCUGAAGGAGACGGAGCUGCGCCAGCGCUACUGCGUGGAGGACAGAAUGCACGCCCAAUAUUUAUGUGCCAACGAGAAUACUGAAAAGGCUACGGGCAAGCAUGAACGAAAGGUAGCAAGCUUACACGCCAAGCACCAGCACAUCUGCAAACGUUUGGAAGAAACCAAAAAGCGCUUCGUGGAGAAUGAUGGCCUGCUGCAUCGCGUUGAGAACGAGAUGAAGCUGUUGAAGGCCAAUGAGCAGGCCUCAGAGGUGUUGGAAAAGGAGUUGCGUUGUCACCGACUUGAGCUCCACGUCAGUGACCUCCAAGAGCAGAUAAAGCAGAUGGUUGAGCUCACCACGCUGCAGGACCGGGAGAACAAGCGCAUGCAAAAAAUGAUGAGCAUCGUGCUGCCUGCUUACACUCAGCGAUUCGCAUCGGCGCAUGAAGCUGGGUCGCUGAGAGCAGUGGAGGAGCUGGAGCACCAGGAGCUAAAGAAAAUAGUCCUGCGCACGAGAGAGGUGGCCUGGGCCGACCAGGGCGAGGAGCAGGACGCUGACAUGACCUGUGACAGACCGAGGCUCUUGGAUGACAAUGGCAUGGACCUGGCACCGCUGCUGUCUUUUUCUCAUCUCAUGUACCACGAGAGCUCGCCCUGCAGUGCAAAUGGGAAAGCAAAGAGAAGGUCAUGUGGCAGCAGCGCUCCUUCGCCCAGAGGUUGUUCCGGGGUCUCAGGCGGAGGGAAGCCGACAGACGUGAAGCAGGAGGCGCCACCACGGAUGCCCACCAGGAGGAAUCUGGCUGCGUCUUUGUCGUGUCAGAGCCCCAUGUCGGCCGCCCAGGCCUCAGAAGAGGGCAUGCUCCCGCUCCCUUGCACGCCACAGUCUGCUCCCAAAACUGCACCUGACCUUCCCGCGGACCCCAACAUGACUUUCGAAGUCCACGAGGAUGAGGCCGAGACGGCAGUGAAUACAACCGUUUCACUCCAGAACCUGGUUGAUGAUGCGAAGGUCCACGCUGUGGCUCCCACUCAGCCUCUGCAGCCACCAAGAACCAAUGGGAAUGUGGCUUUGCCAAAACGACAACAGACCUUACAGGACGUGAGAAGAGCAAAUCCUUCAUAUAUGGACAUGACAUCCGCAGCACAAGGGAAGCGUAAAUUCAACGUGAGUAGAGACGACGUUACUGAACUUUCUGCACCGAAGCGGGUGAGGAAGGAGCCUUCAGUCGCCCCUAAUCCACUCCGAGUGCAUCGCUUCGCAGCAGGCUCGGAGAACAGGCCACUCAGGGUCGUGAGGAGCGUUUCUGAAGGAAACCUCCACCUUCUUGAACCCAAGAAGUCGAAGUCCCUCUUUUCUAAGACGUCUCAGAGGAUCAGGGGCGUGGUCAAGAGGAUGUGAAUGAACACUUACUUUGGUUUCGUCUGUUUUAAUAAUAAUACUGCAACAUUUUUCACUAUGAUUUGUCUGUGUUUUUAUACUAGGUUUUAUCUUUUAAUGCAGAUUUUACACCGACUAAAAGAACGUAGAGCACAACUAUAUGUUCCAAGGCAGCUAAUAGUGGAAUUGAAAAUGGCCUCUCAAUAUUGACUCCAGCCCAACUAACAAGACUUUGCUCUGUGCAGUGCAGUUUUUGGCUGCACGCUCAAGGGAAUGUUUGAUAAUAAAGUCAGCGUGAAAUGGAAUCUGUGUCUUAAUA